UUGACGUUCUCUUCCUUCGUCUUCGUCUUCUUCUUCUUCUUCUUCUUCUGUAUAUCCUCUUUUAUAUAAUUCAUUUCUUCCCUUCAAAACUCACUAAAUAAAUACGCCCCACUCACUCACUCACUGAAUCUCUCACUAACUCGCUCAGCCAAACCUUCCCUCUCUCCCAUGGUUGCCCUCUCUUCCUCACCAUCGCCAUGUCCUCCCACUUCUCCUUCUUCCUCUCCAGGUGGACCAGAGCUCUCCGGCGCCAGAGCUCUCGAGCCGACGACACCGACAACAGCAGCAACCUCAACAACAUCGAAGACAUCAUCAACGCCCCAAUCUCCAACUCCGUCGAGUGCUACGCCUGCACGCAGGUUGGGGUCCCAGUCUUCCACUCCACCAGCUGCGACGGGGCCCACCAGCUCCAAUGGGAGGCCUCCGCCGGCUCUUCCCUAGUCCCCAUCCAAUCCCGUUCCGACCUCAAAAAGGGCCUCUCCCGCGGCCGCCCCGCUGGCCCCUUCGGCCAUGUCCUCGACCCCCGCAGCAAGCGCGUGCAGAGGUGGAACCGCGCCUUCCUCCUCGCGCGUGGGAUGGCGCUGGCAGUCGACCCGCUCUGCGUCGCCGGGCUUUCCAUCGCCCCCGGGAUGGACGGCGGGCGGGCGGCCAUCGUCACGGUGCUGCGCACGUGCGUGGACGCCGUGCACCUCUGCCACCUGUGGCUUCAGUUCCGGCUGGCGUACGUGUCGCGGGAGUCGCUCGUUGUCGGGUGCGGGAAGCUCGUGUGGGACCCACAUGCCAUCGCCUCCCACUACGUGCGGUCCCUCAAAGGCUUCUGGUUCGACGCCUUCGUUAUCCUCCCCGUUCCCCAGGCUGUAUUUUGGCUGGUACUUCCAAAAUUGAUCAGAGAAGAGAAGAUUAAGGUGAUAAUGACCAUUCUUCUCUUAAUUUUUUUGUUCCAAUUCCUCCCAAAAGUGUACCACAGCAUCUGCUUGAUGAGAAGAAUGCAGAAGGUCACAGGCUACAUUUUUGGCACCAUUUGGUGGGGUUUUGGCCUCAAUCUCAUUGCCUACUUCAUUGCCUCUCACGUUGCCGGGGGGUGCUGGUAUGUGCUCGCGAUUCAGCGCGUAGCUUCAUGCCUAAGGCAACAUUGUGAAUUGAGUGCCAACUGCAAUCUCUCUUUGUCUUGCUCAGAGGAAGUUUGCUACCAAUUUUUGUCACCGGCAGGCACGAUGGGAAAUCCUUGUGGAGGCAACACAACAGCAAGUGUGGUGAGAAAGCCCCCAUUGUGCUUGGAUGUCAAUGGAACAUUCAAUUAUGGAAUCUAUCAGUGGGCUCUCCCGGUCAUAUCUAGCAACUCACUGGCUAUUAAGAUCCUUUAUCCCAUCUUUUGGGGUCUAAUGACUCUCAGCACCUUUGGCAAUGAUCUUGAACCUACAAGUCACUGGCUAGAAGUUAUUUUCAGCAUAUGCAUUGUGCUCAGUGGCUUACUUCUCUUCACUUUGUUGAUUGGGAACAUUCAGGUAUUUCUGCACGCGGUUAUGGCAAAGAAGAGAAAAAUGCAGCUGAGAUGCAGAGACAUGGAAUGGUGGAUGAGGCGAAGGCAGCUGCCAUCCGGUUUGAGACGAAGAGUGCGCCAUUAUGAAAGGCAUAGAUGGGUUACAAUGGGGGGAGAAGAUGAGAUGGACUUGAUCAAAGACUUGCCUGAAGGGCUCCGAAGGGAAAUUAAGCGCCACUUAUGCCUAGACCUCAUAAAAAAGGUUCCCCUGUUCCACAAUUUGGAUGAUCUUAUUCUUGACAACAUUUGUGAUCGAGUCAGGCCACUGGUUUUCUCUAAAGAUGAAAAGAUAAUUAGAGAAGGAGACCCUGUUCCGAAGAUGUUAUUUAUUGUGCGUGGACACAUAAAGCGUAGCCAAGGCCUAAGCAAAGGCAUGGUGGGAACCAAUGUGCUUGAACCAGGAGGGUUUCUGGGGGAUGAGCUGCUCUCCUGGUGCCUUCGCCGGCCAUUCAUAGACCGCUUGCCAGCCUCAUCUGCCACGUUUGUUUGCCUUGAAUCAACAGAAGCAUUUGGCCUCAAUGCAGAUGAUCUGAGAUACAUCACAGAUCAUUUCAGAUACAAAUUUGCCAAUGAGAGGCUCAAAAGAACAGCAAGAUACUACUCUUCCAAUUGGAGAACUUGGGCUGCUGUGAACAUACAAUUCGCUUGGCGCCGCUACAGGCUGAGGACUAACAGAGGUCCUGUGAUCCCUGUGGUGCAAAAUGGAGGCACUGAGCAGAGGCUGUUGCAGUAUGCUGCAAUGUUCAUGUCACUUAAGCCACAUGACCACCUUGAAUAAUUAGCUUUAUAUAGCUAAUACCCUAUUUAGGCAAAAAAAAAUCUUGUUUAUGUAGAAGAAUAAAAUUAUUUGGACCACAUUUUCAGACAGUGUUCAAGACCAUUUACUCUAGUUACACCCCAAUUAAAGAAUUGGUCUGAAAAUGUGGUUCUAUGUAGCAUUAGUGUAUGCAAUUAAAAAUUUUCUCUAAUAAUAUCAUCUUUAAAUGGUA